UGUUAUUUUUCUUUUAAAGUGUAUCGAGUAAAAUGUUAAAUGCGUAUAGAAAUAGUACAUACUUGACCCCGGAAACUUUUUAAGUGAAACAUUGGUUUGCGAACACAUGCAGCGUUGUUGUUUCUAUUUUAAUAUUUACAAAAAUGAAAGAGGCGUUUCAGAAUGGAGUUAAAAAGUACAAUGUAUAUACUUGGGAUGAAGUUAAACUGCAUAAUAAACCAGAUGACAAAUGGUUAGUUAUUGAUGGCAAGGUGUACGAUAUUACAUCAUGGGCGAAAAAACAUCCCGGCGGAGCAAAAGUUAUUAGUCAUUAUGCCGGCGAAGAUGCGACAGAUGCCUGGGUUGCCUUCCAUAAUGACAAAGAGCUUGUCUCCAAAUUUCUCAAGACGAUACUCAUUGGAGAGCUGUCCGACUACAAACCAACCGCCCUUCAGCUGGAAUUCCGCAAGUUACGGAAGACUGUUGAGGACAUGGGAUGGCUGAAAACCAACCCAUGGUUCUUUGUGGCUCACUUCGUCCAUCUCAUUGUAAUGAUGGUUAUUGCCGGCAGUAUUAUGAGGAUUUACGGUACGGGCUGGCUGCCCUACAUUGCAUCAGCAGUUGUGUUUGCAACAUUCCAGGCUCAGGCCGGAUGGACUCAGCAUGAUUAUGGACAUCUGUCGGUGUUCAAAACAAACAGAAUGAACCAUGUGUUUCAUUACAUCACAAUCAACAUUCUCAAGGGUGCCUCCUCCCACUGGUGGAAUUUCCGUCACAACCAACAUCAUGCCAAACCAAACACUAUCCGAAAAGACCCCGAUAUUGCCAUUGGUUACCUGUUUCUCUUAGGAGAUUACAUGCCAGUGUCCUGGGCAAAGAGGAAGAAGGGCGUUAUGCCGUACAACUUUCAACACCAGUACUUCUUUCUGCUGGGGCCACCACUGUUGCUGCCUAUCUACUUUCACCUUGAAAACAUCUACUUUGUGAUCAAAAGAAAAGAUUGGCUGGAUCUGGGUUUGACGCUGCUGUUUUUUGCGGGUAUUUCCUUGACCUACGAACCACUGCUUGGACACUGGGGAGCUUUCUGCUUCUACAUGUUUGCCAGAUGUUUGGAGAGUCACUGGUUUCUAUGGGUUACACAGAUGAGUCAUAUUCCGAAUAACAUCGACGUGGACAAGAAUCUUGAGUGGUUCCAACUUCAGCUCAUAACGUCGUGCAAUGUGGAUCCCAGUCUAUUUAACGACUGGUUCACAGGGCAUCUCAACUUCCAGAUUGAACACCAUUUAUUCCCGACUAUGCCGCGACACAACUACUAUAAAGUGAAACCACUGGUGGAAUCCAUGGCUAAGACCUAUGGGGUAUCAUAUCGAAGUAAAAACCUGUACCAAGCUUUUGUUGAUAUAUACAGGUCGCUAAAGAAAUCUGGAGAAAUCUGGUAUGACGUGUUCUAUGCAUGAUGAAAAUCUGUAACAAUACGCUGGCCAUUUUCACAGGGAAUGUCCCAAGUCUGUUGCCAUUGUUACGAUGUUGUCGACUAUCAGAUUUGUUUUAAUGACCACAAUUACAUAUUAAAUACAUUGAUCUGCAUUUAAAUUAUCAGUGGCUGUAUAUUAAAUGUGUUUCUGAUUGUCAUAGUGUUUGCACUAGGUCAAACUUCAUUUUAUUUCCUAAUAUAUAUUUUUUCUUAUGUACAAAAUUUUUGGAAGAUCAAAUUCAGUUGAGGCUGCUUACUAAUCAGGACCCUGUUUUAUGCACCUAUCUAGAACUUAGUGACUUACAGUGAUUAUAGUGAGAUCAGUUCAUAAAACAGGAACGAUAUCUGGAGUAGAACUUAGUGACUUACAGUGAUUAUAGUGAGAUCAGUUCAUAAAACAGGAACGAUAUCUGGAGUAGAACUUAGUGACUUACAGUGAUUAUAGUGAGAUCAGUUCAUAAAACAGGAACGAUAUCUGGAGUAGAACUUAGUGACUCAUGGUGACUUUAGCGCUAAGAUCGGUUCAUAAAACAGGAACGAUAUCUGGAGUAGAACUUAGUGACUCAUGGUGACUUUAGCGCUAAGAUCGGUUCAUAAAACAGGAACGAUAUCUGGAGUAGAACUUAGUGACUCAUGGUGACUUUAGCGCUAAGAUCGGUUCAUAAAACAGGGCCUAGGCCCAUAGGAACAAUAUCUGGAGGGGGAGGGGGGUGCACAGUCUCCAUUGAAAGGUUACAAGUCGGGGCCGGUAUUUUCGCAGUCAUCGUAGCGCUACGAUAUCAUAAAACUGUUGUAGGCUUUGACAUAAUUCUGUGAUGAUUUUAUAAUAUGGUACAACACCUGCAAUUGCUCAUGGCAAUCGGCAAUGUCAUGAAGAUUGCCGUGGAGUUGUUAGGUCUUCAUGGCACGUUUUUGCCUUGGGGCUAUAUUCAGGAUUUUUUUCAGUGGCGAUUUUUUUUUUUUUGCCGUGGACAUUUUCUUAAUUGUAGGGGUUGUUGUAGCUCUAAGAUAGCUUCGAAUAUCUUUAACCAGAUUUGUAUCUUUAUUUAUAUGGAGUAUGACCAAAAAAGUAAAUUUUUGUCCUCAAGUGUGGGGGACGAGGGGGGAGAGGACACGGCUCCCACUCCAUUCCUACUAGCUAGCUAACAUCAGGAUAUCGACAACAAGAAACACAUUGAAUACGUAGACACUGAAUUUCUAAACCAUAAACUGUAUUAAAGGAUAUAUUUUUAGUCAUUAAAUAUUUUUAUUUAUAAGUUAGAAACAUCUUACAGUGGCAACAUAUUGAUGGCUGUCUCUUUAACAACAGGCCAACAGCGAUACAGGAUUGCAGUGCAUGAAAAGAUUUUCUCAAAUGUAAUAUUUAGCAGGGUUGUACCAAGUUAGGUUAUGGGUGGGGUGGGAUAACUGCUUUCCGGAAAGUACGAAAAAGACUCCUUUUUCAGGCCUCGACAUUAACUUUUCCAUCUGGGAGCCAGAUGGCGCUUACUUGUAUUUUUUUAUAUAGAUAGCAUGAAAUAUUUUAGUCGCGAAAUGAAAGAAAUGGUUGCAUAUGCGACCAAAUCGAUUGCCAUGUAGAGGGCUGUUUUUAAUUUAAAAGUGUCAUUUUUUUUUACCUGGAGAAGACCCUAUGGGCGAAUUUACAAAGCCUGUUUUUUAGGCCUCUGACCAUUAAAAAUUUGCAUAAACCAUUUAUCGGUAACGCAAAAAUAAAUUCAGGUAAUCAUUUAAAUGAUGUCAUAGAUUCAGUACGCGAACAAAAAAUGGGUUAUGCAAACUAAACUUAUCACAAUUUUCAGAGGCCUGUUUUUGAUAUGCACGCAUGUAAGUGGGGAAAGUGCUAUCCUCUCUAGGAUGGUGCAUAUAAAAGAUCCCUGGCUGCAUUAGGAAAAAUGUAGCGGGUUUUCUCUGAUUACCAAAUGUUUGACAUCCAAUAGCCGAUGAUUAAUUAAUCAAUGUGCUCUAAUGGUGUUAUUAAACAAAACAAACUUUAACAUUUCCAUGCAUGUAACUCCAUAUAUUUACAACAUUGAAUGCUUAAGAACCUGUGUGUAAGAAAAACAGGCUUCCUAAAUUCAUCCCUUUUUGUACACUGUGCUCCAAUUCUUUUUGUUUUUACUACUCCCCCCUCCCCCCCCUAUCCCAUUUAGUUUAGGCUUGGUAUGACCCUGUUAUAGCAAACCCUUAAAACAUACUGUUUCCUGUAACCAACUGCUACGUGAAAGGGGCAUUUUAAUAAUCACAAGAUAAGUUAGUUAUACUAUCGGGGCUAGCUCUGGCACUCGCCAUAUUCGCUAAUAGCGAAUUUUUAAAGCAGUUGGCGAAUUUUAAUUUUAAUUUUAAUUUAUGUUAAAAAGAAAUUAGAAAAAACCCUGAGGAUUUCUGUAAUUUUUUAAGUUUAAUAAACAAUUUUGCGAAUUGUUUUGCUCACCCAGAGCUAUCCAUGACUAUUAUCAGUGGUACACACCUGCUAUAGUUCAAGCCCACCAUUUUAUUAGUGGUAUUCAUUAAUAGACAUGUAAUUUUAUUUUUUCAGUUAUUGUGUUUUUGAAAAAUAAAAUAAAAGUAUUACAAAAUGGAUAGAUUUUUAAUGAUGUCCUAAAGUGAAUGCGAAACAUCCGAAUUUGAAUGUCAAACAAAACGGAAAGGUUAAAAGAAAAGAAAAGGAAAUCAUUGUUGGAAACAAAAUUUGAUUUACGGUAAUUAUAUUGUUAUGAGUUGGUUUACAGUACACAGUUUGUGUUUUAAAAGUUGGCUUUUAGUAUUUCUGAGAAUUAACUCAAUGUGUGAUCUCUUGGUUUUGGAUUCACAGGCCCAUAGGAAACCUAGUGGACCUUUGGGGGGGGGGGGGUCUGUGUCCCUACCCCCACUCGAGGACUAUAAAAUGUGGGGGGUUUUCAUCCCGUUCUGUACAGAAAAUAACCUUUAAAACAGCUGAAAAGUGCUAUUGAAAGAAUUCCUCUUUUUUUUUUUCAAAAUGCUAUGAAAUCAAGUCUGAAGCCAUCCAAAGAUUUUGUUUUUCCUAGUGCACCCCCAGCCCACCCCACUAUAUCUUGUGCCUCCCACUACAGAUAUGAGGAGCAGUCAAAACAUUCAUAGAACUAAGUACUGAAAGCAAUAACAGUCUACCAAAUCUUUCUACAUUGCUUUUCAGUAAAAUCAGCUUGACUUCAUUUCAUUUGGUCCAGUUAUCUUCUAGCUACUGAAACUAAUUAGAACUCUUUUGGCUGGCUGGGCAGGGCAUAGCCCAGUGGUAAAGCACUCGCUUGAUGCGCAGUCAGCCUAGGAUCGAUCCUCAUCGGUGGGCUCAUUGAGCUAUUUCUUGUUCCAUCCAGUGCACCACGACUGUCUGUGGGAUGAUGCA